AUGCCGAAAGUGCUAAUCCUGGUAGCUGAUGGCUCGGAAGAAAUCGAAUUCGUGACGCCCUACGACGUCUUCACUCGUGCCGGCUUCGAGGUUGUGUCCGCAGGCGUGGAACUCAAAGAGAACUAUGCCCAUAUGACUCGUAACAUCCGUAUCAUUCCAGACUUUCCCUCGCUCCUUAGCCUUGGACAGCAGGCAUUGCACGAACAGCACGAUAUACUCGUCCUCCCCGGCGGUGGCCCGGGGGCGAAAACAUUCGCAACUUCUGCUCCUGUGCUGGACUUGAUUAACGCCUUCCGGGAUGCGGGAAAAUAUGUGGCUGCGAUCUGUGCUGGAACUACGGCACUGGUGGCAGCUCAGAAGAAGCAUGGGGGGGAGAAAGGCAGGGUUACAAGCCACCCUAGUGUAAGAGCGGAAGUGGAAACAAAGGGCGGGUGGGAGUAUAGCGAAGAGAGAGUUGUAAUCGAUAGGAACCUCAUCACGAGUAGAGGGCCAGGAACUGCACUCCUUUUUGCGCUCACGAUUGUAGAGGCUCUUGCGGGCAGGGAGAAGAGGGAUAAAGUUGCCUUGCCAAUGAUCGUAGCUGAGACCCUGUAG